AUGACACAGCCAGUUCGGGCUUCCGGUGUAGAUGUUCAACCAGCGGACGACUGGGCUGGACUCACAGACACUGCCGAGCGUCGACGAAGGCAGAACCGAAUCAACCAGAGAGCGUUUCGGAGAAGGCAGCGAUUAUUAGCUGACAAGGACGUCCAUUCAAAAAGCGUCACAUUGUCUACAACCCCAGCCAGCAUAGCCCCUUCCAAGUGCAAUGUCAUUAUGGACCAAAAGCAAAAUCUUCUUCGAUGCGUCCCCCCAGACGUCGUGCAACGACUCCUCAGUCAAUUCUAUCAAAGUUAUAUGUUGGGAUCUCCUACCUCCGACCAUCUCAUGGCGCUGACUAAGGUCAAUGUUUUCCGCGCCUUUGGCCACAAUCUGCAAUCAAUAGGCUGGCCGUUGGAUAGAAUGGAUGACGAUGCGAUCUCGCUAUUUGACUGUGCCACAUCAUCCCUGGAUAGAUUUUUUCCUCUACCCCAGAUGCGUGACAAUAUGAUCCAGGCAGGCGAUGGCUGGGAUGAUACACAACUUUGUCACGACAUCAUGGGAUUCUGGGACUCCUCAGCCCCAGAAGCGGGUCUUUUAGUAUGGGGAGAGCCAUGGGAUGUGAGAAACUGGGAGAUGACGGAGGCUUUCUUGAAAAAAUGGCAAUGGGUCGUGAGAGGCUGUACGGAGCUUAUGAUCGCGACUAAUGCAUGGCGCAUGAAACGUGGAGAAAAGCUCAUAUUUCGCUAUCUGUAG